AUGUAUUCUGUUUUGGUCAAGAACCCUGUAUCUUCCGUUCUCGUUGAUUCCGUUAAAAAUUUGGGCAGUGCAGUAGUUUCAUUAGGUAAUUCUUCAACUGCAGCAACAAAAUUACCACCUGCUAUUGUUAAUCUACCUGUGUCUCGGUUGGUUUUAUCUGGUAAUCAUUUUGUACAGUUGGCUGGAUUAUCUGGAGCAACAGCAGUUAUUCUAGGUGCAUAUGGAGCACAUUGUAUUUCUACUAAAGCAGGAUAUGAGGAACAAAAAAGAAUUUAUCACACAGCUAAUACUUAUCAUUUUAUUCAUUCACUAGCAUUAUUAGGAGUUCCUCUUUGUAGAUUUCCAAAUGCUGCGGGUACCUUUAUUACACUUGGAAUGAUUUUAUUUUGUGGAACUUGUUAUUAUAAUGCAUGCACAGAAAAAACAGAUUUUAGAAAGCUUACACCAUUCGGAGGAAUUUGUCUCAUACUAGGAUGGCUAUGUUUAAUGUUUUAA